AUAUUAAUUGUAUGACAAAUACAUAUUAGUUAUAUGAUAAAUUUUAAUCCCUUUCAAUUAUCACCAUCGAAGCUUUUAUAAGUCACAUCGGAUUUUCGCUAGACAUUAUGAACAUGCAUUACAAAGUGCCAAGACCGGAGGAUGCUGAAAACCACAGCUACCAGCCGUAUGACGAGGAAGAGGAGUGGGCACUUGACGAAGCUCAAGAGAGGCUACGCGCGCACUAUAGCAGUGAUAGCGGCCAGCAAGGACACUAUGACCUUGGCACGCCGUCGAUUUGGAACCCUGGACCCUAUGAAUCGGUUGUGCUGGUUUCUCUUCCUUAUCCAAUCAUAAUCCCCCAGCGGCGGCCCGGACAACGUACCCGCGGAUUCAUCAGAGCCUACGCGCCCGAUUUAAUGGUCUGUGGCAUUGACGAGCGUAUGUUUAUGCGUUUUCUCGAUGAACUCGAUAAAGCGACGGCGGCCUCUCCGAUAGUAGGUGCUAUCAACCUUGCUUCAAAUAUGGCCGGCUUCAUUCCAUCCGCCAUAGGAUCUACUGUUGGACUAGCUGUCCAGAUAACAGCCCGAGUAUACCAGGAGAUGCGGAGCCGUAAGAACCAAAACGCGUUCCUUUUGAAGAUGAACGAUGAGCUUUUCCGACCGCGUGGCCUGUAUUGCUUCAUCGUGGCAUAUAACCGGGAAUCUAAUAACAUUCUAAUACAGCAAGAUCUCAAUGCGGAAACUAGUAAUCAGGUUGAUGCUCGCAGUGAAUUUCGAAGUAACGAUGGGAUAACGGGUCCGAUUGAGUUCCCGGCUUCCGCAGAGUUGGUCUUUCCCGAUUUAGAGGACACGUCCAGCGAGGAAGAGGAGGGUGAAAGUGGUACGAAGGGCGGAUUUUCAAAGGCGUUUGAUGGUUUCAACGAGCGCAAAGAUCUUAAGGCUCAACGGAAAUACCUGAGAAAGAACCCUACCAGUGCCCUCAAUCCCCUAAUGGAUCCAAAGGUGGAAAUUACGCCAAAGGACCAUAAGAAGCAGCAGCGUAGACUAGACAAAGACGAGCGCAAGCGCGAGAAGCACGAACGAAAGCGAGAAAAACGGGCGCGCAAGCACCCUCAAAGAGCUGAGAAGGAACCACGCAAGCGAUUGCUACGAAAGGAUAUCUUAUAUAUGAUGAUAAUCAACAUGCCAUCGAUUCAGGAGAUGGAAGAUGCGGCCAGAUUGGUUGAGAACCCACAUAGAUAAAAAAAAAAAUUUUAUUGUUAAUAGAGAAAGGCCAAGUCGUAAAUGGAGAGAGGGUCAAUUAUAGAUUGAAGAUGAAGAAGACAAAUUAUUGACCUUCUUGUACAAUAUUUCCGUAAUACCUUCCAUGACAGCCUA